AUGGCAGAAACCAAGAGCCAAGUGGAUCCACCAGACUGCAGUCUGCUUGUCCGUCUCUUCUACGAUGAAAAAGAGGUCACAAACUUUGGUCUUGGAAAGAGCGACUUUAACUGGCGGAUGUGUUACGGAAAACCGGUCAAACCGGAUCCAGACUGGAACCUAAGCCUGUACAGCCAGAUUUACGGGCCACCAAGCGCCAAGUUGAUUGAGUUCCCGCAAAAGACGUGCUCAAAGGAGACGGAGAUGGUUCUGAUGAACUUCAACCGCGGACUUGUUCUUGAGAUGAUGCCAGAGGGAAACUUGUGGGUCAAAAGACUUAGCAUUUCAAAGGUGUAUUAUGUUGGCUCAUCCAAGCAGCCAGAGAAGUUACUUCGCGAGAACAGCACCAAAGUGUUCGACUUUGAAGACUUCCAAAGGAGGCUCCGCAGCAGUAAGAAUGGUAAAUGCGCACCACCAAGCUAUGACGUCACCUUCACACUCGGUCAGCCGAAUGGGGGACUGGUGUGUAUUGUGGUCACGCAUGCGCUUGCGAAGCAAAUGAUGUUGGAACAGCAAUCAGGCGAGCAAUUCAUUUCGGAUCCAAACAAUAACGAUAAACUCGCUAGUGACAUGCAGAGUCAGCUGAGAUAG